CGUCCUCCACCACAACCUUGGAUGUCAGUGGCGUUAUUAAACCAGCAACGACUACAAUACCGGGCUUGAUUUGGCUGACGGAGGGUAUUGGGCAGAUUUUCGCGAAUAUUCUGAUGGCGAGCCAUGAGAGACAUAGGAGUGAAGAUGACAUGGGACAAGAGGGAAGCACAGUGGCUGCGAGUCUCCAUAUGGGUGAGGCAGAAGGAAUCGCCCCACAGGGAAGGAGGGAACAGCCCGCAGGCAGGUCUACGCUCAGUCGGAUAUCAGACGUGAUUACCUGGAGGAGACCGCUGCUCACUACAGUGGUCUUUGCCAUUACCAGUUCUGCGUUCUGGCUUGUGGCCCUCAGCACCUGGCGAGUGUACUAUCUACUCACCUUGUGUUUGGUCACUGUGGUCACCGUGCAGAUGGUGAAAGAUCUAGCUCUCUCUAGAAAAAGAGGGGCCCAUUUAUGGCACAGUAUGACUGAGAGCUGGGAGGUCAUUGACUCCAGCCAGGAGUACAGUGAUUGGGCCGAACAGCUUGCAGAGUACUGGAUGAGCUGCAAGCUGUUUCUGCAGGAAAUGGCAUCCUUCAAACAGCAGAAUCCUGGCAAGUUUUGCCUUCUCGUAUGCAGCCUGUGACAUUUUUGGCUAUGCUAGGACGCUGUGUUCCGGGAGUUAUCAUUUC